CCCUAUCUGUACACUGGGGGGCGCUCUGUGCUUCUAGUGAUGUCACACGCACCGCCCCCUAGAGCCGGAAGAGCGCUGUGCAGCCCAUUGCCCCGGUUUGUGUUCACUGGAGUCUAUGGGGUGAGAUCCGUAGUGCAGAUGCGGACAAUGUCGGGGCCAGCAGCAAAUGGUAGACCCGGAGUAGGAGUUGGAGUUGUGGUUACACACCCGUCCCAUCCUGGCUGUGUUUUACUUGGGCAAAGGAAGGCAAAAGGCUCUCCAGGGGCAGGCAUGUAUCAGCUUCCAGGAGGACACCUAGAGUUUGGUGAAAGCUGGGAGGAAUGCUCUGAGCGGGAGACUCUAGAAGAAGCUGGACUUCACCUGAAGAAUGUCCGCUUUGCUUCAGUGGUGAAUUCAAUUAGUAUUGAACAUAAUUAUCAUUAUAUAACCAUCAUAAUGAAGGGAGAAGUAGACCUGAACUAUCCAUCGGAACCUACCAACCUAGAGCCUGAAAAAAAUGAAGGCUGGAAUUGGGUCAAGUGGGAAGAAUUUCCCCCAAGUGACCAACUCUUCUGGGCCUUAUGUUGCUUGAGAAAACAAGGAUAUAAUCCUUUCAGUGAUGAUUUUGAACAUCUUCAUCCAAUACAGAAAUGAACCUGUUUUAUCGGUAGUUAUUUUAUGCAUUUGCGUUAAUGUACAAAUUAUUUAUCUGUCUGAACAUGAAUGUGAGGCUUUGAGAAUAUCUGCUUUUUAAAUGUUAAGGAGUGUAAGGAAGUGUAAUGUAAUGCAUUAAAAAGAAUAUUUUUUAAUAAACAGCACAAACAAAC